AUGCUGGAUUCCGUUGAGCUAUCGGGGUUCCCCUCGUGCACUGAUGCCAUCUCUUGGUCCUCAGACGGCGAGCUUGCAGUUGCUGUCGGAGAUUACUUUCAGAUCUUGACGCCAAAAUAUGGCAAACCAGAGGAGCCAACACCGAAUGCAACAAGGGAUUGGCACAGAAUCCGCGUCAAGGCCAAUCUAUUCACGCACUCUGAAUGGCCUACUUUCCUAGCCCAAGACCGGGAUGCCUUCUCAAUCGCCGCAGAGCAAUCAAACAGUAUAGUAGUUGGACUAGCUUGGUCACCACCUGGACUAGGCAAAUUCCGACGCAGUAUCCUAGCAGUGUUAACCUCCAAUCUGCUUCUAUCCCUUUGGGAGGCUGUCGGCCCACAGAAGCAAUGGACCCGAAUUUCUAUCGUCAACCACGCGUUACAGUCCCAUUUCGAAGAUUCGAAGCAAUCAGAGAGUCUCGCAUUUCGGAAAGGUAGCAUUCGAUCCUUCACUUGGUGUGAACCUCUGAAGGCUUCAACUCUCCCUGCCGGUUCUUCUUUUCUGCCCGCGUACGAAGGUCGUUGGGGAAUUCCCCUAUUGACAGUGGUGAAUGACCUCAACGAAGUCGUUAUAGUACGGCCCCGUAGAUCAGAAUUAUCAGAGGGUUCUCUCUGCUCUCAUCAAUUGCAUGUUCUGGCAGUUCACCCGCUCGAAAGCGAAGGAGUGAACAAUCCUCACCUCUGCUCGAGUUCCCUUCUUCAAAAUGCAUUCAAAGAGAAAGAGCGGGCCAGCUCAGCUUCCUGUGGCCCGUGGCUGGUUUCACCACUGACGAGCCCAACAAAUUCCGGCUCUGCUGUUGCUAUGCUGGCUCUUGUAUGCGGAACGCAGCUUCGACUUUUGAACAUCCAAGUCAUUGUCGGAGAAUCACGCCUAAGUGAUCUGGACUCAUACGCCUUGCCAGUCGCAUUAAAAGAGCAUCACUGGGGUCUCUUAAGCGAGAAAUUGGCACGUCUCAACAUUACUGGUCCAUUAAAAUGGCUAUAUGAUCAACCGUAUACCGAGCUUUCCCUCGUGGUUGGCAUUAUGGCAGGAUUUAUCACCAUUUCCGUGCCCGCUAACACUUACAGUGGCCACGACGCCAAUUUUGACGCCCUCGCAGUUCGUGAAUGGCCGAUCUACAACCCGGAAACAGAGGAAAAUAUGGGGUGCAAUGAAAGGCACUGGGAGCCGAUAUCUGCAAUGACCACUUGUGUGGAUGAAAAAAAUAACAUACGCAGCUUUGGCCUAGGUACUUUGGGUGGACUUGGUCUGAUCACAGAACUGCGCCAACUUCGAAAGGGAAAUCCCUUACAACGACCACGGUGGAAACAUAUCGUCGAAGACCACCAAGAGCAAUUCGAUCUGGAUCAUGAUUUAGGGGGAAACUCAAUAUCCAGAAUUUGGGGACUUUCGUCUUAUCGCAAUGUCACAGCGGUCCUCUUCACUAGACACCCGACAGAUAUGCUUGAGUACCGUGUCGCUUCUGACGACAAAUCUACUAUCAUCUUCUCGUCAGAGUUGGAACAUGACUUGGCCGCCUCUUUUUUCGUACCACGAAUUUCCAACAGCCAAAGUCCGUUGCAUAUCCAGCGAGAAUCGGCACUGAAUUGCGUGUUGCCUGGUGAUGGUGACCUCGAACCUGAUCCGGACAGCCAGCGACUGGUUCAUGUCGCCAUCUGCUGCGCCAUUACAUGUGGUAAAACCAAGUCUCUUCUGACAAAUGCUCGAAAGUCUCUCGAGCGUCUCGCGGUUGUUACAGGCGCUGAUCUCAGUGACGAGAUGCACAAAUACAACAACGAAUCAACCGAGAUCGCUCCGAGGUCCGAAAAUCAGCUCAAUGGCCCAGGCGGUCAUAUUUUCGAGCGGUGCGACAUUUGUGACGCUGGAAUCGGUUGGCACUCACCCCAGGAGGCUAAGUGUGCAAAUGGUCAUCUUUUCACUCGAUGCGGAUUGUCUUUCCUUGCCAUUCAAGAGCCCGGAAUAUCCAAAUAUUGCUCUCUGUGUCACACAGAAUACAUCGACGAAGACUCCUUGGCUCUUAUGCAUGGUGGCAGGCUGAGCCGAACUUUCAGCGAGCUUUUCGAGGCUUUCGACACAUGCCUGUAUUGCGGAGGGAAAUUCCAGCCAGCUUUAUAG